AUGAAAAGAAUGAGAACGGUUGCAGACUCUGAUAGUGCUACAUCAGAGAGUGAUGUUGAGAAUUCGUAUAACACUGACAACGAAGUGGAAACUGAUUCUGUGUCAGAGAGUAAUUUUGAUAAUGUAGAUGAUACUAGUAGUGAAGUAGGUGAUGAAUACGAAAGCGAUCCAUGGGUUCCUUUAAAAGCUGAAGCAACCCAACAAAGUUUAUCGGAAUUCGAAGAACUAACGCAGAAUUUCACUGCAGAAGGUUUUGACAAAAACGAAGCUAAAGACAAGGCAUAUUUACUUAUCGUACCAAAACUUCGUAAAGAUUUGCAGAAUAUUUAUUUGGAACGUCUACUAUGGAUAAGACAACUAAAGAGAGAUCCAAUGCACAAAAAGAUUAAGGAAACCAGGGAUGUCUUUGUCAAUGAUGAUAAUUUCGACCGCAGGGAAGCGUUAGAGGCCGCUAUUGACAAGAGAAAAUUUCUUUUGAAAAGAUUUUUCAGAAACACACGGUAUCCUAGUGACAUUGACUCUUAAUGGUUGUUUGUGUUUGAUUUAUAAAAGUAAAAUAAGAUCGAUCCUGUGUGGUAGCUAUUUUCCCCUAACCCAUUUCUCUAACACUCUCCCAAGUCCCGGCAAACCUUCAAAAAGGCCUUUGGGGACACAACUAUUUAAUGUUAGGAAUCAGUUGACAUUUGUCAUUUGACAUUAUGCCUCGGAAGUGUAAAGAUUGUCCCAUCUGCGGCAAGCGAGCUUUAAAAAGAUUGGCAAACCAUUUGGCAGACGUCCAUGAACUUUCGUUCCAAGAAAGACAACCUUAUCUUAUUUGUGCUAAGCCAACAGCUUUAGACUUAGAAAACGUUUUAACAGAAUUGUACAGAUUAAUUGGGAACAGUAAAAAGCAUUCAAAGUGGAAUAAACGCAGGAUAAAAAAUAUACCCAAGUCAACCAAAAUCCUCCAGGAAGAGAACAAAAUCAAGUACAAAACCUGCAAAGAACGUGGACAAUACAGAAAUGAAUGAUGGCUCAAAGGAUUGGUUAAAGUUAGAAACAAAAACGGAGCAAAACUCUUAAGUUAAUAAUAUUAUAUUUAUACAGACAAGAAUUAUUAACUUUGUAGUACUUAAAGAAAUAAAUGUGUUUUAAAUCUAAAUUAUCUACACGCCUCCUAAUGACUUCGCAACACAUAGCAACGUAUAUAACUACCACAUAUUUGAUAAAAACAUAUUUAUUUUUUAUGGCAAAAUAUAUUACAACUGUUCUAAAAGUUUUUUCCUUCAAGUGAUCUUGAUAAGCUUUCUUAUGAUCUGACUCGGUCAUCUAAACAGUAUAUAUGUAUGUAGGAGGUCUGCUAAAUAAUAUUGAACAACCGGGGUUAGCAACUGCUCAGUUCGGUUUUGAAAUAUGUUGCGAUUUUUUAUUUCUGGUUGGAAACUUAUCGCUCAAAACGGCUCCUUUAAGAGCCAUCAAAUUCAUUAAAAGAAUUAAAACGAAUUUCAGUUGCGUGUUGAAAAUAAGAGAGAGAUUGGGACUCACAACGUUGCUACGUGGUUGUAAGGCAAAAAACUUUCUACCGCACCGGGGUCGAACCGGUGACCUAAGGAAUACUGAUUUGGUAAUAACUACAGUCCUUUGCUCUACCAACUGAGCUAUAAACGGCAUAUUUUAAAAACUAACUUCUAUUUCAUACCUUUAUACAUGCAAACUAUCAGGAACCUCUUGUCGUUUUGUUACAAAUUUGUUAGAAACUAUUUGUGAUGCUAAUCGAUCGCGUUGCCUGCCACAUUUGGCCCAGGCCUGCCCGCGUUAAUUGGUCGCGCUACCUGGCGUUAUAGAUUUUGCAAGCUCAUUAUAAAAUCCACCAGAGUCUUAGCUGAACAAAAUGACGUCAUAGAUUUUGCAAGCUCAUUAUAAAUUCCGCCAUAUGGGGGGGGGGGGGGUAUCACUGCUGGCUGAUCAACAACUCAAAACCAAGUUGUUUCGCCUAAGCAUUGUUUCGCCUACACGCAUUCCGCGCAUUCUUUCGAUAGCAUAAAAGCAACCGGGCUAUAUUUUCGAAAUUACUCACCACCUGACGAUUCUUAUAAGGAUGAAACAGACUGUUGUGGUUUUUUUGAGGUAAAACGAAAAACUAUAUUACGCUCUAUCCCUAUAUGGUAUUGAGUACUGUUUGUGUUUCGUAAACCAAAAACUUAAGCUAUAUAAAUAUAUAUAUAUAUAUAUAUAUAUAUAUAUAUAUAUAUAUAUAUAUAUAUAUAUAUAUAUAUAUAUAUAUAUAUAUAUAUAUUUAUUAUAUAAACAUUAGUGUUAUAUAGAGUUUUUUGGCCACUGAGAAAAAUCGUAUUUAAACACACGUAAAAAAUACGAUAUUUUUACGUGUGAAAAUAUCAUUUGUUGUAAAACGCAUUGCAACGGACGUUUUAUUGUUUUUCACUGAAUUUUGUUUAUAUGAUAAACAGAAAAAUACAUGGAUGCUUGGAAAUACCAGAUUUAUUUCUCGUGUUUCUAUUUAUAUAAAGCAUAGUGCUUCAUAGAGAUUUCGAGCACUGAUAAAAGUGAUAAUCUCAUGCACAUGUGAGAUUAUUUAUGAUAAUCUCACAUGUGAAAAUUAUCGCUUUUCAUUUAUCGCUUUUCUGUAAAAAUUAUCGCUUUUCAAAGACUGUCCUUUAUAUAAUAAACAGAAAAAUACAUGGGUGCUUGGAAAUACCAGAUUUAUUUCUCGUGGUGAACAUGAUAUCUCACUCGUUCGCUGCGCUCACUCGUGAGAUAUCAUGUUCAACACUCGAAAUAAAUCUGGUAUUUCCGCGCACCCAUGUAUUAUUCUCUCUAUAUAGGCUUACUAUAUAGGUCUAUAUAGCCCAGGUGAUACCAAACACGACCUUUAAAUGAAACUUUGCAUAAUAUGUACCCUUCUUUUCUGACAGGAAAUUUGCAUCUAUUGAUUGAAAUCGAUUAAACAUGUCUUUUAUACGACGUAUUUUUCGUCAGAGUAAAAGGGAAAGAAACGCAGCAAACCUGAGAACUUGGUCAAAAACUGAAGAUUUGGAAACUAUAAACUUCUUACAAGACAUGAAGUAUUUUGCACAACUGAGAAAAGAUUUUCCUGAUGUAACAAUUGAUGUUUUCGCGGAAAACUUAGUUAACAAUGUCAGGAUCCAAGAGCAACGUUGUCAGGACAAGGAGUUUGACGAAGUCAUUGAAAAGUAUCGUAAGGAUUUGUCUAAACUUCAAAAACAUUCGGUGGCAAUGGGCUUGGGCGAAACAAAUAUCUGGGAUAUAAUUGUGCGCAAGGAAGCUCAAAAUUACAUCCAGGACAUUCUCGUUCGAGAUAAAAUAGAAGCAAAGGUAUUAUUACCCUGUUGGUUUUCAGAUAACAAAAUCAAAAUCGUCGGGCAAAUUCGAACGAACAUAAGUCACUGCAUUAAAAUACAGUAAAAACACAAACGUUUAUCUAAUAUGUUUAAUGAUUGGUGCAUGUCAUGAUUCACUAGGAAACGAUGUGUUCAGUGCAGUAGAAACGAUAUAUUUAGCUCAUACUUAGCACGAAAGUUUUUAUCUAAACCGCUUUCUCUAUAUAUCCUUACUCAAUGUUCGCGUUUUCUUCUCGAUAAACAGAGGAUCGGCUGCGUUCGAUCCCAAGCCGCGAGAAGUGUUAAUGAUAAUAGUGUCAACAACAACAACAACAACAACAACAACAACAACAACAACAACAACAACAACAACAACAACAACAACAACAACAACAACAACAACAACAACAACAACAACAACAACAACAACAACAACUUAUAUAACUUAAACAAGACUAGCAAAACUUACAUAGUUGAGUGAAAUUUUCAAGCCGUUAGCCGCGUUGAAUAAUGUGAUAUAACAAAGCAGGAAAACUUUGUUGUAAAACUACAAUUGCAACAACAACUUAUAUAACUUAAACAAGACUAGCAAAACUUACAUAGUUGAGUGAAAUUUUCAAGCCGUUAGCCGCGUUGAAUAAUGUGAUAUAACAAAGCAGGAAAACUUUGUUGUAAAACUACAAUAUUGUCUCAAACAUUUUUAUGUAUAUUAUUAAUACAUAAUAGGAUGGUUUCUCGUAAGUUUUUCAAAGACCUCAGAUAGCACUCGUCCUUCGAACUCUAUUGAAAAACUCACUCGUGCGUGUUUUAUCCAAAUUGCACUCGAAACCAUCCUAUAAUUCCUGUUACCUAUACUACUACUACUACUAUACUAAUAAUAAUAGUAACAUGUGCUCCAUGUUUAUUUAAUAUAGGUGACACCUAGUGAAGAUGGCUCAAAAUUUGUCCAAAUUGUGGCUUUUAAUGCAAUGGACAUAGAUAGAGCAAAAGGAGUUGUUGCUCAGACAUUUAUACAUGAAACUGUGUUAAUUCCUCAUGAUAUAAACCUCUCAACUAAAGCAGGGGAACUAAGAGAACUAGAACAAUUCUGCUCCCAAAUACAACGUGGUAAACCAAUCAAAGUACAGGUUAUCGUUGAAGGGUCACGGAGAUUGGUUGAGUUGGUUGGUGUGGCCGAUAUCAUGAAUGAAACAAAAUCUGCUGUUGAAAACGUUCUUCAAGAUAAACGGAUAAAAGUUGAGCAUUUCCAAAUGACGGUUUCAGACAACAUUUGGGAUUUUCUUCACCACCAAUUUGGAAGUAUGAUCAAGCCAAUUGAGAAACAAUUAGAUAAUUGUUAUGUUAUCAUUAACUUGGCCGAAAAGCCAAAAGUUCUUUUAUUAGAAGGAACAACAGAUGGUCUAAGAAAAUGCAAGGAAACACUUCAACAACUGAUCCAAACAAUUGUUCAGAAAGAUGAGAUCAUCACUUCACCUGAUGUUCAAAGUUUGUUUGCAAGCGAAGUUGGAAAAUAUCAGUUAAAGUUAAUCGAAAAAGAUCUAGAUGUUCUCAUAAAAAAGAGUCAAUUUAUGGAUCUACUUUUUCCGUCUGAGAAUGCAACUGUUUCACAAUCUCAAAUGCACAGAAACGGUGGGGUGAAAAUAACAAUGAGAAAUGGACGCAUUGAGAACGAAAAGGUAUAGGUUUACGUUUAAAUAUCAAAUCCCUGUCAGACAUACAGUGGUUGUUCCGUCAGGGUGACAACGACCUUUAGUCAUUUUGGAAAGUCGGUUUUUUCCAUUUAUACUACUUGUAUACUAGAAAAAAUGAUAGAAAAAUGUCUCAGAAAAAUAAUGCAUGCAGGAACUGCUUUUCUGCUGAGCAGAUAAACUCAUUCCUAUUCCUUAAUACUUGGUACGUCGAGUGGUACGUGGAAUUACAGACUUACAGCAGGAAUUGCAUGUAUAACUUUAUGCUUGCAAUAAUGACAAGGAUUAAGAGUAGAUGUCGGUAGAAUUUUAAACGAUACGAUUGAUUAACUGUUUCUCAUUUUCUCAAGGCUGACAUCCUAGUGAACUCUGCUAUACAAAAUCUAAAAAUCAACACUGCGUGUCUGGGAGCUCUCAAGAAACGAGGUGGCCGGGAAUUUAUUGAAAAGUGUGAACAACACACCAAUAUUCCACAAGGGGAUAUUGUAUGCACCAGUGGGGGUAAUUUGGCGUGUCAGUAUGUCAUCCAUGCUGUGUGUAAAAACUGGAACAACGAUGAGCCUGCGAAGAGCGAGGACGUAUGUAUAGUAUUCUGUAUUCUUCAUAUAUCAUGAAAAGAUCUGAUUCCACGAAUCCGCCUUAUGAAAUGCCAGUCAUGAGUAAAAUUUACUAAAAACAUUUUUAAAAAAUUGGUACGCUAAUGAGAAGAACUGUGUUCUGCUCACUGCGGAAUUCUAAAUGAAAACUUGAGACAAUGGAAUAAAAUCACCCAUUUGCAAUGUCCAUGCGAUAAUUAUUCAAAAAUAUUUCAUGGGCACAAUUUUUCGUGAAUUCAAUAACUGUUUUAUCACAAUGAUUAAUUAAUUGCCACAAACAGCAACGUCACAAUAACAGCAUAGAAACUUUAAAAAUCUCAUUAAUUUCCCUAAAAUUAUGCCCGAAAAACAUAAACAAUCACAAAAGCACCGUUCGUUCAUGGUUUUUUUAUUGUUUUUAUUCGACGUGUAUUUAAAAUUGCUGAUUGCUAUAAAAUUACAUAUCGCUGGCUCAACUUACACGUAACUCAGUUAUUUGUUAACAAACAGUUAACAGACUUACCGUAUUUACUCGUUUGAGCUCCGCGGCGCUCUUUAAAUUGUCAUAGCUUCAGAUGCGGCGCACAUUUGGGGGCGGCGCUCUUUAAAACAUCUUUUAUUUGUGAAUUAUAAGAAGAACUUUUAACAAUAAAAUAAACAAAGUUUUGAAUGUCUUUGUCACUAAAUGUCCCCAUUUUGACGGCGGAAAGUUUUUACACUGUUAGGUGCGGCGCUCAUUCGGGGGCGGCGCUCAAUCGGGGGCGGCGCUCAAACGAGUAAAUACGGUAUGUGUAGUUUGCGUGAUUUCCAUAUUUAGUUGUAAGCCAUUAGCCUAUCGAUCAGAAGACACGUAGUCACUACAAUAUAUGAUAAUUAUGAUAUUAAUAGAGACCUUAUAAGCAAGCGACGUUUUUGACAACAGGGAUGUCACGCGUAGGCUACAUAAUUUAGCCGUUAAUAUGGCAGUAUAACAUAUGACAGUUAUAUGGCAGUCGAUGCAAUUUCAAACUGCAACGGGAAUGGCCGUGGCCAUCUACAACGGCUAGAUUUACUUCCGGUCGGCGUUCGUGGAUCAAAAAUGUCGAUUGCUUACUAAUUAAGCUCUAUCCAGUCAUGAAUUAACUUCACGAUUCGUAAAAUGUAUAUUCAUUUGUUCAUAGUUUCUCAGACACCUCAUGAAGAAGAUUCUAGAGAAAUGCAUUGAACUGGGUGCAUCUUCAGUUGCUAUGCCAAUGGUUGGAGCUGGAAAGCAUGGCUAUUCAAACGAUCUUGUGUCGGAGAUAAUUUGCGACGAGGUAGCUCAAAUGUUUACCGAGAAAGGAAGUGAAUUUUCUUUAAAUAAUAUUCGUGUGAUUAUCUUUGAAGAAAAUGAGAUACAGGGAACUAAGAGUUUUUCAAUUGAUUCACCCAAUAAGAUCAUCCUACAUUUUAUUGGAUUACAACAGCAUGUUGAUCAGUCUUUUGCCAAAGUGAAAAUAUUUGUGGAUACGCUAAAUCAGAAUAAAAAAAAAAAGCAGGAAAAGGAGAUGCAUCGUAAGUUUUACAGAUCAUUAUCACAAACAAACAAACGACAAACGUCAAAUGACAAAUGAUAAACGACAAAUGGCAAACGACAAACAACAAACAACUAGAAACAAGCAACAAACGACAAACAACAGGAAACAAACCCGACCAAUGACAAACGGCAAGCAACACAAAACAAACAAUAAAAGACAAGCGAGCUUUUCCCUUUGUUCAGUGUUGCAUAAAAUACGUACAUGGUCGAGUAUUAGGACGAUAAUUUAUCAUGCAGGUAAACAUUAAACGUAUUAUUAUUAUUUAAUAUGUCUCUAGGGAGCAGUUCAUCUGUAAGUAUAAACCUUCCAUCGUUUUGGGAACAACAGUUGAAAGAAAAGAUUGUCCUUGUUGAGCUUGAGGAAUCCUCAGAUGAAUACAAAGAAAUCUUGAAUCAUUUUCACGAGAAUUGGAAUUAUAAGAAAAAUAUAAUGAAACCUUCCGUGAAAAAAAUACAGAGAAUUCAAAACCCUGAUCUUUAUUAUGGUUAUUGCGUAAAGAAAAAAUCAAUGGAAGGGAGAGAGAAUGAGAUGAGGCUAUUUCAUGGAACAUCUACAGAGAACAUUCCCCAGAUAAAUUGCCAAAACUUCUCCAGGAGUCACACAGGAGCCACUGGACAGACUAAACGUUAGUAUUAAAUUAACACUUUUGGAGGAAAGUCUUGACAAACGAAAAUUUUGACACAAUUAAAUGAAAAUGAUAAAAAAUUAUUUCAGAUACUGCAUGAAUGUCUUCAUGUCAUCCUACUGAUCAGUUUCAAAUUCCUUUUUUAAAAUGAUAUAAUCGAAGUUGCAAGUUACACGUUUAUGAGUUUGGGAGUCUCCGAGUUCCCGUCCGAAUCUGCUAGUCAAUCUUAUGUUACUUAUAUAUAUAAACUUACUAUUUAAGUCUGUGAACGCAACAUACAGGCGUCUCUAUUUACAUUUCAGAGCACCCUGCAUUUUCAGAACGCUAAUAGAAUCGAUUUUAAACCGAAAAUGGUCACAUGGCAGUCAGAACAGUCAUAUGACCAUUUUCGGUUCGAUUCUAGUAGUGUUCUGAAUAGUAACUGAGCCUUAUAGAUUGUUAAUUUUUUUAACAGGUUCGAAUCCUUCAGCUAGUCAGAAACAUGGCCAAGGAGUGUACUUCGCCAAAGAGACGUCGUAUGCUAGCCGUUUUUGUAAAGAUGACGAUAACGAAAAGGCUGACGUUAGCUCUAAGGAUCUCCAAAUGUAUGUCGUCAAAGUGCUAGUUGGAGAGUUUACCAUUGGAACUCGGGAAAUGAAAACACCUCCAUUGAAAAAUGAUCCUGCCAAUCCUGGAUUACCGUUUGAUUCUUUAGUAGAUAACUUGAGUAAUCCAACAAUCUUUGUCAUUUUUAAUGAUAACCAAUGUUACCCGGAAUAUUUAAUUACUUUUACUAGACUUAGUACCGUAGUAUAA